AUGAGGGUGGUUGUAAUGGCCCACAAGGGACCGCUGCAGUUGUCUGAACUUUUUAAGCUGUAUAAUGAGGACACGGUCCACACCCUUUGCUCUGUGUUUGAUCAUGAGUGGGAAAAACAACAGAAUAAUCACAAUGAGAGUAUUUUAGUUCCUAUUACUAUCAGAUGGGUUAUCCUGUUUUCUGAGAGGCAGGCUGUGUUUGACUGGACGGGAUACACGUACGCUCUGGUGGUGUUUGGGGCACUUUGCUGCUGUGUUUUUUCUCAGCAUCACUUUGAGAAACGUAGCAGGAUAAUUACGGCCAAUGCACAAGCAAUCCUGUCUGGCACCCUCUACAGGAAGAUAAAGACAUUGUCUCUUUCCCAUAGUUCUCGAUGGCAGUCCAACACCUCUCACAGAGAGGAUGUAUUAGGUGAGGCUGAACGUGUAGCAGAGCUGGUGGUCACUUUGGCCUGUAUUUGGUCUUCCCCACUGCGAGUCGCUCUCUAUCUGGGCCUACUUUGGGCUGAACUGGGUCCUAGUGUGUCGGUGGGGGUGACAUUGCUACUAGUCCUCAUCCCUGUCAACUCCGCAGUGGAGCGAAAAGCCAAACAGCUUCGGAGAACUCAUCAGAUCAUCAGAGAAAAGAGUGAACAGCUCGUCAAGGAAAUGUUGCAUAAAUAUCAGGCGCUGAAGCUUCUCACAUGGGAGUCCUGGUUCUUUCAGAGAGUUACAGAGUCAAGGGCUCGGGAGCUGGAGAUACUGAGAAUUCAGGGAUUUCUGACCGCUUUCUCUAUGCUCGACUCUAUCUGUAUGCCUUUCUUGGUUAUUUUCUCAAGUCUUGGUGCGUUUGUUCUGGUGGAUGAUGGGAAUGUUCUGACAUCGUCUCAGAUCUUUACAUCCGUCUGUUUCUUCAGAUUGCUCCGUCCACCUCUGCUGGAGCUCCUUGGGCUCUUUUCUGUCCUCAAGCAGGCACAGCAGUCUCUUUGUUAUCUGGAGAAAAUCUUUCUCACAGAGGACGUGGGGACCUCUCAGUUUCUUACAAAAGGGGCUACAGAAGAGUCCCCAGCUGACAGCACUCAGCAGCCGUGUGACAUGUGUCAGGAAAAGCAGAUCGAUUCUGAUGAGGAAAGAGAUCACUGUCAUUUCAGAAAUGAGUACAGUGAAGCUCGCAGGCUAUAUUUGGGGGCUUUCGGCUGGCACUGGGUUUCAGUGUCCUCGCUGGUCUACCUGUCAGUGUGUGCUGUUAGUUUAGCACAGGAUGGUGUCCUGUGCAUGUGGACGGGUGAAGCCAAAGAAGUUCAAGGCCUGGAGGGCUGGAAAGAGCUCAGAAACUCUCGUCUGUCUGCAUACGCGCUGCUUGGACUCCUGCAAGCCUUCCUAGUGUGCUGUGGCGCCUACUGUCUGACUUGUGGUUCUCUCAGAGCGUCCCGUACCCUACACACUGAAUUGCUGUCGAAUGUUCUUCACCUGCCUGUGCAUUCACAGAAAAUUAACACCAGAAAACUGCUGCAAGCUUUCACUCAGGAUAUGCAGGUGAUUGAUGAAGAGCUGCCCAAACAUUUGCACAGCAUCUUAAAGAGUCUUCUGGACAUUUUGAGUACCAUCACUUUGAUCAGCUUCAUCAUUCCAGUUUUCAGCUUAGCUGUGUGUCCGCUGAUAAUCCUCUUCCUUCGUAUUCAGUCUCAUAUCUCUUCAGCCCACAUACGAAAGAACAUGGAGGGAAACUCUGCUGUUUCACUUACUUCACUGAAAAGUGUGACACAGUGUGCUGAAGCUUCACUUUCUGGGCCAGAACACAGGGUGGUGUGUCUGACGCACUGCCUUCAAGCCUUCAAUCAAAGCCUGCUGCUCAAGUACAACAAAAUCAACACAGAAAGUUGUGCCGUGUUGUGGUUCGAUGGUGUUGCCGGCAUUGUUCUCCUCCUGGUCAGUCUGAUUCUCCUCCAGACUCAGCCUGAAUUUGGGCUCGUGGCUCUGACUUUAAUCUGUUCCUUCAAUAUUAAAGAAGCUCUUCACUGUUGCCCUGAGGCUGCAUCUGUUAUCACCACUGACAUGCUGAGUCUGCAAAACCUCUGUGAUUCUGCCAAAGCUGAGAAGGAGGCAGAAUGGACAGUCAGCUACAGACCACCAUACGACUGGCCUCAAUAUGGAGAGGUGAAAUUCAGGAACUACGAGUCUGAAGCCUCCUCUGACUGCACACCAGCUCUUAGAGGAGUUCACCUCACCAUUUUAAAAGGGGAAAAGAUUGGCGUUGUUAGCAGGCAGAAGGCAGACACUGAUGUCCUGAUCAGCAGUCUGUUCCGGUCAGUGGAGGCCAGAAGCGGUGCUCUGCUGAUUGACAACAUAAACGUCUCCCGCAUGGGUCUUCAUGACCUCCGAGGCCGCCUGCAAAUCAUUUCUCAGGUUCCCGUGCUGUUCUCGGGGCCCCUGAGGGCCAAUCUGGACCCGUUUGCUGAACACAGUGACGCUCAGGUGUGGCUGGCAUUGGAGCUCUGCCAUCUGAAGGAGAGCGUUCAACAAAUGCCUGCGCAGCUGCUGCACCCUGUACAGAGAACAGCCCUCGCUUUCAGCUUUGGUCAGAGGAGGCUGCUGUGUUUGGCCAGAGCUCUGCUGGCCAGGGUCAGAAUCCUGCUUGUUGAAGAGCCUCUUCAUCAUGUGGAUCCAGAAACCGAAGAUCUGCUGCGACGAGUGAUCCGUACGGAGUUUAAAGACUGCACUGUCCUGUUUCUCAGUCAAAACCCACUCAGUGUCCUGCACACAGACAGGGUGCUGGUUUUGGACCAGGGACAAGCUGUAAAGUUUGAUGUUCCUUCCACUCUCCUCCAGCAGGGGCCGCUGUUCAGCCAAUAAGACGAGUCCUGCUCUUACACUACAGUUAAUAUGGACCAAAUUUGUCAGCAUAUUCAUUUCACAUCAUAUAUUAGGAACAGUAAAACACAGUAUUUAUUAAUCAGAUAUUAGUAUUUUAAGUUAAUUUGAAUGUUAUUAUUAUUGAUCGGUUAUUGAAGGUUUAAU